AAAUUCACUUAUGGCAACAAUUAUUUUAUGACACUUGGCGCAAUUUGACAUCUUUCUUUCCUUUUGUAAAGUUCUUGUUGAAAGCAGGAAAUAUGGCCACCUCCAAGAAGAAGACUAGGAAGUUAAGAGGACAUGUGAGCCAUGGACACGGACGCAUUGGUAAGCACCGCAAGCAUCCUGGAGGUCGCGGUAACGCUGGAGGUGAGCACCACCACAGAAUUAACAUGGACAAAUAUCAUCCUGGAUACUUUGGCAAGCUUGGUAUGAGAAACUACCACUUGAGAAGGAACAAGGAAUUCUGCCCUGUUCUCAACUUGGACAAACUGUGGACACUAGUGUCUGAGCAGUCUAGACUCAAGUACGCCAAUGCUACUGAUGGCAAAGUCCCCGUCAUCAACAUUGUCAAAGCUGGAUACUACAAGCUUCUCGGCAAGGGUAAACUACCCAAGCAACCCGUCAUUGUUAAGGCCAAGUUCUUCUCAAAGACAGCUGAGCAGAAGAUCAAAGCUGCCGGAGGAGUGUGUGUAUUGUCCGCGUAAUUUAAGUGUAAAAUAAAGUUCUAAAAAAACUCCAAA